AAUAAUGAAAAGAAUGUUCUUGUUACUAAACCAGUAGACGCCACUGUGACUUUUAGGGAAACAGAUACGACUGUGGUGUCAAGUCUGAGGUAAUAGGAUAUUACCAAACUUGAAGGAAAAUAUGUGUUUGUGCACCUAGCAAACCAUGGGAUUACUCACUCUGCGUUUGUCUGCAUACGUGUGCGACCGUGUGUAUGAUUGCCAGUGUAUUCAUUCAUACCCACAUAAAUGAAUGUUCACCACAUUUGGCUGUAAGACAGUAGGAUGGAUGGGUCUACCGUACACAUCGUGCUUCUGAUGCUGAUUCUUCUUCCCUAUACACAGGGGACCUUGUCAACAGUUACAGCUAUCUCUCCAACCCAUACAACAGCUACUCAGACUGACUACAGCUCUGUGAACGCAUCCCACCCAACUACCCCUUCUACCCCCACCUCUGCUCGACCCAGCAUGGCUACUUCCACCCAGGACCCCAGCAGUAGUCUGACCAGCCAUGUUUCAGGCACCACAGCCAGGCCCCAAGAGGGUGACUCCACCUCUAAUACCACCAUCAACACCUCAAGCCUACCUACCACAACAACCCAAUCGACCCUAUCACAGGACAGAUGCUCAUCUCCUCCAGUUCUGUGUUGUUUGGGGCCGAAUAGCAGCUGUAUUAGAGGAAGCUGUUUCUGUGACCAGGCCUGUGAGCUGUAUGGAGACUGCUGUCAUGACUACAGGACCACCUGCACACAACCGUCCACCACUCCAAAGCCAGUCACACAAGAGCCAAGAACAGUAGACAGCAAUACUACACCUAAACCAUCUAACACAGUAGACAGAAGUACUACACUUUCACCAUCUAACACUGUAGACAGCAAUAUUACACCUAAACCAUCUAACACGGUAGACAGCAAUACUACACCUUCACCAUCUAGCACAGUAGACAGCAAUAUUACACCUAAACCAUCUAACACGGUAGACAGCAAUACUACACCUUCACCAUCUAGCACAGUAGACAGCAGUACUUCAACUUCAGCGCCUAACACAGUAGACAACAAUUCCACACCUUCACCAUCAGUAGACAGCAGUGCUAUGCCUUUACCGUCUAACGCAGUAGACAGCAGUACUACACCUUCACCAGAAGAUGGCAGCACACUAGAAGUCACAACGUCCACUCCUGUUGAACUUGGAUCAACAUGGACUCUUCAAGCCACACAUACCGUCCCUGCUGUGUCUAACCUAGUACAGACCAUUACCAGUCAUUCUGAUGACACAACUGGUAACACAACACCACCAGUCACAACAACCUUGUUCCAGAAUACUGUCUCCAAGGAAACAACUGAGGCAGACCAUAAGAACAUCAUAACCUCUCAUAAAGAUACCCAAACUCUGACCGCCCAUUUGAGGGUCUCUAUAGUUUCGGCUGGGGACAUAAGUAAGGAGGAGAUCAUUGAGGCGUUGCAUAAUCUUGCAGCGCAGGUCCAAGCCAAUCUACAGAGAGAGUACUGUAACGACUGCACACUGCGCAUCAGGAACAUCAGAGGAAUAUGAGACCAACAUUUAAUCCAAACCAUGUCUCUACACUAACCCAAAGAAUCUUAUGAGAUUCCUGGAACUAACCCUCAUCAUAUAACCCUAAUAUAGUCUGGACCCCACAGAUAAACCUACAUCUGAAAAUCAACAAUGCCAGCUUACGCUUUUAAGUCAUUUUGAUUUUGGUUCAGUCUUUUUCAGAAGAAUUACAUCUAUGGCCUAUUAAUUGUAGCCUAUAUUUAUAUUUAACCUUAUUUAGGAAUGUUGGUCAGUUUAGCAUAUGGACAUAUUCUAUUAUAGGUUUAGAAUGCUGUUCAGUCAUUUGUCACAAGGAGGCAGUAUAACCGUUUCAUCUCUCCAAUAGAAGCACAGGCUUUCCACUUUUGGAUCAACACUGUCAUAAAUGCACUUUCAUAA